AACACCAAUAAGUUUAUCACCAAGAAAAUCCUAUCAUUCUAAAUCACCGAGGCUCAAACCUCGCCACGACUGCUGUGUGGUACAAAUGAUCCAAGACAAGGCCGUCUCUGUUAACAUAAAAACAAACCACAACAAGGCAAACAGAUCUACCAGUAUUUAGGACUCGAAAUGCUUCUGCACAUUUUGGAAGAGAAGUUUCAAGUGGAACUUGAAGCAGGUCUAUAAUGGAAGGUCAAGAAGAGAAGGUUUAUGUUGCACUUGGGAACCAGCUGCAGGAUGGUAUCAAGACUUUGGAGUGGACUUUGAGGAAGUGGAGAUUUCAGCCAAUUUCGAUUGUAAUCCUUCAUGUAACCAGCAGGGUUUCUGUCAGAGAUUAUGUUUCUACUCCAUUUGGGAAGCUGCCUGCAAGUUCUGUGAGUGAUGAGAAACUGAAGAUUUUGAGGAAGCUUGAGCAAGAAAAGAUUUACAAAAUCCUUUCCACUUACAUAGCUUUUUGUGGCAAGGUGAAGGCUGAGAUACUCAACGUGGAGAGAUAUGAUGAUCCUAUUCAUAUGCAAAUCCUAGAUUUGAUUUCGGGACUUCGUAUAACCAAAUUGGUGAUGGGAUUUUUGUUCAUGAAAUCUUCUUCAUGGAAACCAAAAACCGUAAUCAGUGGAUCAUUUCACAUCCAUCAGCACAAGCCGGAGUCUUGUGAAUUGUUCAUAAUAUGUGGCGGAAAGGAGGUGUUUCUAAGAGGCGAAAACGAUAAGAGAUUAUCAAUGGAAGAUGAUCAAGGAGGCAUGGUUGCAAAAAUGAAAGACAGGAUCAGUAUCAGUCUUAUCUUAGGAAGUAUGUUCGGAAGUCGUCAAAGCUCACCUCCCUCAUCAACAAAAAAUCAUUCAUCAAGCUUGGAAAAUAUGCAGUGGGAAAGUUAUGUUCAAGAAAUUGAAAUUUACUUGCAGCAGUUGUGUUCAACUUUGGAUGAAGAGGAUCUUCGUGAACAAGAAAGUGAUAUUUCUCAACAAGCUAGUCCAACAGAUGCCAUAGUACUGGAACUUAAUGGAAACCCGAAUUUGAGCAUUGCAGAAAAAUUUGAGUCCCUUAAAUUUAAAGUACGAGAAGCUCAUCAGAGAUUACAGUUGAAAAAGAAAGAAGUCCAGGCAAGUGUUGAUAGGCGUCUCAAAGCCGAAUGGGCCAUUAGUUUAUGCAAACACCGGGCUGAAGAGUUGGAGGUUCUAAUAAAGGAAGAGGCCAAGAAGAGAAUAGAAAUGAAGAAAGAACAAGACAGAGAUAAAGAUUUCCUCCAUGAAGUAAAAACCGAUAUUGAAGAAAGCAAGAACAAGCUCAGCUCACUCAUACAGCUUCGACCAGAGCUUUCACACAGGCUCCAUAUUUCCAAAAUGGCAAAAGCACGCAUGGAGGCCCAGCUAGAGAACGACAUAACAACUCGUGCAGAAAUGGUUCGAGAAAUCGACGAGUUGCGACGAGAAAGAGACGUUUUUCAGCGGAGGAUUGAAUUUUGCAAAGAGAAAGUAGGAGUGGCAGGGAGGUCUGGUAGUGAUCAAGUGAGCUGCUGUCUGAGGGAGUACACAACUGAAGAGAUAAAAUUGGCCACUGAUGACUAUUCAGGGAGUUUGUUGUUUAAAACGGGAAGUGGUAGAAGCACCACUGUUUAUAAAGGGCGUAUCAACCAUGACAGAGUUGCUAUCAAACUAAAACUUAUCAACUCGGAUGAUGGACUGCCCCGAGAAGAUUUUCAAGCCAAGGUGAAGCUCAUCAGCCACAUUAGGCACCCUCAUCUGCUUGCCAUGAUGGGCUACUGCUCCGAGCUAAACUGCAUUGUCUAUGAGUACAUGCACAACGGUACCCUACAAGAUGUCUUAUUUUCCUCAUCCAAAAACUCCGGAAAGGGAUGCCGGGUUUUGACGUGGUAUGACCGCAUUCGCAUUGCAACUGAGAUCUGCUCCGCCGUGUGCUAUAUCCACGAAGCUCGACCCAGGCCCAUUAUCCAUGGGUACCUAAGCCCAUCCAAGAUCUUCCUCGAUCGCAACUUCGUUGCGAAAGUCGGUGGGUUUGGGCUCAACCAAAGCUACUACGACGAAAGCCAUGUGGGCUGGGACAUACGGGCUUUUGGGGUUUUGACUAUGAAUCUUCUAAUAGGGAGGAAUCCCGUUGACGAUAUGAAUAUGACAAGUCUGGUCCGGGCUUUAGAUGAGACUGCUGGGCCUUGGCCGUUGGACUUGGCUCAGAAACUUGCAGGCUUGGUAUCACGGUGUUUAUCCGUAAACGAUAGGCCCAAUGUGAAUUUGAAAAUGAUGACAAUCAUGGAAGAGCUUGAUGUAAUUAAGAAAAAGGCUGAUGAUUUAGUUGCAAGAGUUAAGAUUGAUGGAGGAGUUCAAGGAGAAGUUUGCAAUGAUGUCCCAAGUGUCUUCCUCUGCCCCAUCUAUCAGGAAGUAAUGAAGGAUCCACAUGUGGCCGCAGAUGGAUUCUCAUAUGAGCGGGAAGCCAUUGGAGAAUGGUUGCGAAUGGGACGUGAUACAUCGCCAAUGACAAAUCUACAACUUAAGCACACAAUUCUUGUCCCUAAUCGUACCCUUCGUCAUCUUAUUCAAGAUUGGCAUUGUAAAAGAUCGAUGCGAUAUCCAUAA